GAACACAUUUGGAAGUGUCCUGUGUUGACAGGACAGAGUCUCCUGCUAGUUUUCACAAUGUUCAAAAGGAGCAAGCCCUCUGCUACAGAUAGAAAGAGGGAAAUAUUUGCCCAAGGAGCUAUACAGCCCAUACUGAAGAAUGAAAUGAGGAAUUUUCAUGUUUUAUCACAACUUGUACUGUCUGCUGGUGGACUGAAACCAACUCCAGCUGUCAAACAUUCAAAAUCUACUCACUUUGAGAUAGAAAUCCUUGAUGCUCAAACCAGAAAGCAGAUAUGUAUCGUGGACAAGGUGUCUCCAACAUCUACAAUCCGUGAUGUUAAACAGAAAUUUCACAAAGCAUGUCCCCAGUGGUGCCCUUCCCGUGUUGGCCUUCAAUUGGAACGCAGUGGACCCUUUCUGAAGGAUUAUGUUAACAUUCAAAGCAUUGCAGCUUCUUCCAUUAUUACAUUAUAUUUCACAGAUCUAGGUCAGCAGGUCAGUUGGACAACAGUUUUUCUGGCUGAAUAUGCAGGGCCUCUGCUUAUCUACCUCAUCUUUUACAUGCGACUCACAUAUAUUUAUGAUGCAAAGGAGAGUUCCAGAAGAUUGCGCCACCCAGUGGUACACUUGGCCUGUUUCUGCCACUGUUUACAUUAUGCCCGCUAUCUCCUAGAGACAUUGUUUGUUCAUAAACUUUCUGGAGAGCACACACCUUUGAAAAAUUUGAUAAAGGGAUGUGCCUUUUACUGGGGAUUCACUUCUUGGAUUGCAUACUACAUUAAUCACCCUCAGUACACACCACCAUCAUUUGGAAACAGGCAAGUCACAGUUUCUGUCCUCAAUUUUCUGAUAUGUGAAGCUGGGAAUCAUUUUAUCAAUGUAGUAUUAGCUCAUCCAAAUCACACAGGAAGUAAUGCCUGUUUCCCAAGUCCAACUUACAACCCUUUCACAUGGUUAUUUAUGUUGGUUUCCUGUCCUAACUACACCUAUGAGAUUGGGUCAUGGAUUAGUUUCACAGUUAUGACACAAACCUUACCAGUUGGAAUAUUUACACUCCUGAUGAGUAUCCAGAUGGUUCUGUGGGCACAAAAGAAGCAUAAAGUUUACCUGAAGAAAUUCGAUUCUUAUGUGUAUAGGAAAUCAGCCCUGAUUCCAUUCAUAUUGUAAAGGGGGGUUGUUGAGCAUGGAAGACUCCUCUUGUAUAUAUAUGGGUUAAAAGGAAGAAGUUGUUGUACUAACACAAUACAGUCAAGAUUUAUUAGAGAUUUGUAUGGGAAGAAUGAUUUUCUUUUUGUUUUCACACAUUUAAUAUAUUUGUCUAAAUCUGGAUUCCCAAAACAAAAUAGGAAAAUAAAAAAAAAAGAAGAGGAAAGGGAAGCACUGAAAAAGAUCUGGCAUUUUUCAGAGAAUUAUCUUCUAAACAAACUCAGUGGAAAGAAUGCUGGAAAGAGCAUUGGUUAUGCCACCAAUCACCUGAAUGAUCUUGGGCAUGACAUUUCAUUUUUUCUGGGCCUCCGUUUCCUUUCCUGUAAAGUGAAUAUAUUGAACUAAAGUAUUCCAAUUACAAAGAUAUAGAAUUCUAAGUGGUUGGUUUUUAUUAUUAUUAUUUACCUUUGCACAUUUACCAGUUGUAAUUAACUAUAACAAUAAGCCUCAAUAAGCAAUGUGGAGUCUAAAGUAGAAAAAUGUAUAAGGUUGUUUUGGGGGGAUUAAAAUCAUUUGAAUUACACAAUUCCACUUUAAUAGCUAGCUAAAACAGUCACAUUUUGGAGUCUAUUUAUAAUGAAUUGUUAAAUGCCUAAAGUAUUCUUAAAUUGUAAGAUAAAGGUUUUCCAAAAUUUCUACUCAGAUUAAGGGUGGAAGGGUUGACAUCAUCCAUUUAUUAUAUGUAAUGUAUCAUCAGACAUGUUAAAUGCAUGACUUAAAAGGUUUGUGAAGCAGAGUAGAAUUCAGAAUGAUUUCUUGAUGUUCUUUGCUUGCUUUGUGAAGUUUGAAUCUGUAAACCAAUCAAAGAAAAACUGUUAAAUGCUUUCUGUGUGAUGAGUACUGAGAUUGGUUCUGGGG